CGUACGACACAAGUCUCCAGCCCACAUUACCACGUCGAUAUGUUGAAUCUUUACCCACCGGCCAACCACGCAGUGCACAACGGGGCAACGCUCAACUUCGCACCAGAUAUCGACCAGGCAUGCCAGGCCAUCCACAACGCCUGUAAAGGACUGGGCACGGACGAAAAAGCUCUGAUCGCCGUUUUUGGGGCCCGAUCUGCUGAUCAACGAUACCUCAUUUCGGUUCGCUACCAACAGCUCUACGGAAAAGAGCUCGUUAAGGUACUCAAAGGAGAGACGUCGGGUGACUUUGGUCGCUUACUGCAACUCAUCGCUCGCCCCCUACCAGAGGCAGAAGCUGCUAUUAUUCGCAAAGCUACCAAGGGCCUCGGCACCAAGGAAAAGAUGCUCUACCCCAUCAUUAUGGGCCGCACCAACGUAGAACUAGCCAUUCUAAGGAAAACCUACUAUGAGAAGUACCACCAUGACCUGGGCUCGACACUGGAAGGAGAACUCAGUGGAGACCUAAAGAAGGUCAUCCUAGCGUCUCUACAAGCCCCAGUGGAGCAGUUUAACCCAGCGAUGCACACUCCACAGAGAGCGGAGGCGGACGCCCACGCACUCUACAAGGCCGGACAGGGUCGCCUGGGCACGGACGAGCGUACGUUUAUCAAUAUCUUGGUCACAAGUCCACCUCAGCAUUUAUGGGCGAUCAACGAGGCCUAUGUGCGUAAGCGCAAAAGCGACGUCGUCAAGGCCGUGAAGAAGGAGUUUAGUGGUGAUGCGGAGGAGGCCCUUCUGUUCUUGGUGCGUAUGGCACUAGAGCCACUCGAGUUGAUCUCGGAACUCUUUGAAAAGACCAUGAAGGGAUUUGGAACCGAUGAGGACGCAUUGAGUGCCACGCUGGUACGCUAUCACAUGAUCCUGAACGAUAUCCGCCCAGUAUACAAGAAGAAAUACGGCAAGGAGCUUCGCGAUCGCAUCAACGGAGAAGUCAGUGGUGACUACAAAAAGCUGUUACUUGCAGUGUUCGAUGCACCGAACUACUAAGUAAACCCGAAGCAACGAGGAGUAGCUAAUUCCGUGGUGUUGCCAUCGUGCUUGAAAAUGCUGGACAUGUUAACAAAAACACGGCCGCCGAACGAAUUCAUGUUCUUAAAAGCGUCAAAUCGAGAAAAAUUUGUUUGUUAUUUUAUAUGAAUCGAUCCAAAUCUCC